UCUCUUUCCAUCACUAGCUGAGCUCAUAAGAACGACACCGUUACCUCCCACUCUUCUUCUCCGAUCUGCUCCCACUUCUUCUGUUGGAUUUUAUCUGUGGAAAAAGUAAAGCAAAAUAUACAACAGAGCCGUCCAUUAUCUUUAAUUUUCCAAAACAUGUACUUAGCCGCCGCUGCCCAGAACCGUCGGUAACGCCUCCCCUUGGCCAUCUCCGGCUUAAGGAAAUUUUCAGGCCGAAACCCACAUAUCAGACCGGAUUUAGGCCGGAUUUUGGAGACCAAUAGCUUGGUCGGUAUUCUCUGUCCCUAAAGGUCCGAUAGACUCAGGCUCUGCUCCCUCUUCUUCUCUUUCACGUCCACGUUCCAAGGUAACGCUUUCUCUAUUGUAACAUUAUUUUCACCCAAAGCCUUAACCUUUCAAUGGCACUUUCUUCAAUCUUUAAAUUACUCUCAUUCUCACAUCCCCUCAAAACCCCAAAAUAUUCGACCCUAAAGUCCUUCACUUCUUCCUCUGCGGAGAAAUUCUACAAUCACCUGCGGAGCAACGGUGCCCAAAACUUAGAGACAACCCUGGCCACAGUUAAGGCCAAAUUGGACUCCAAAUGUGUCACUGAGGUCUUACAUAGAUGUCACCCAAAUCAAUCCCAAAUGGGUAUUAGGUUUUUCAUUUGGGCUGGGACUCAAUCCGGUCAUAGGCACAGCCCAUUCAUGUAUAGCAAAGCUUGUGAAUUAUUUGGCAUUAAUCGAAACCCGAGUUUUCUUGUUGAUGUUAUUGAGGGUUAUAGGGUUCGGGGGUCUGUGGUAAAUGCCAAGGUAUUUAAGGUGAUUUUGAACUUGUGUAGGGAAGCUAAGCUUGCUAAUGAGGCUUUGUGGGUGUUGAGGAAAAUGAAGGAAUUUGGUUUUCAGCCUGACACUACGGCGUAUAAUGUGGUUAUAAGGUUGUUUUGUGAAAAGGGUGAUAUGGAUAUGGCAGAGGAGUUGUUGAAUAAGAUGGGAUUGAGUGAUCUUUAUCCUGAUAUGAUCACGUACGUUGCAAUGAUUAGAGGGUUUUGUAAUGUGGGUAGAAUAGAGGAUGCUUGCGGACUGGUUGAGGUUAUGAGGGGGCAUGGGUGUUUGCCUAAUGCUGUGGUGUAUUCAGCUCUUCUUGAUGGGGUUUGUCGGUGUGGGAAUAUGGAGAGGGCCUUGGAGUUGUUGGGUGAGAUGGAGAAAGAAGGCGGGGCUUGUAGUUCGAAUGUUGUUACGUAUACGUCUGUGAUUCAGUGUUUUUGUGAGAAAGGUCAAGCAAUGGAGGCAUUGGAGUUUUUGGAUAGGAUGAAAGCUUUCGGAUGUUCUCCAAAUCGCGUUACAGUUAGUAGUUUGAUAAAAGGUCUUUGUGUAGAGGGGCAUGUAGAAGAGGUUUAUAAGGUGAUUGAUAAAGUUGUUGCGGGAGGCAGUGUUUCAUAUGGUGAUUGCUAUAGUUCUCUAAUUUUGUCUUUGGUCAAACUUAAAAAACUCGAGGAGGCUGAGAAGAUCUUUGGGAAGAUGCUUGCCAGUGGGGUGAAACCCGAUAGUUUGGCAUGUAGCAUUUUGAUAAAGGAGCUUUGUUUGGAGGGGCGGGUGCUAGAUGGAUUUAUGUUAUGUGAUGAAAUUGAGAAUAUGGAGUUUCUGUCUUCUGUUGAUUCUGAUCUUUAUUCUAUUCUUUUAGUUGGGCUUUGUCAACAAAGCCAUUUGGUGGAGGCUGCAAGGCUUGCAAGGUUAAUGCUCAAGAAAGGAAUUCGAUUGAAAGCUUCUUAUGUUGACAGUAUGGUUGAACACUUGAAGAAAUUUGAAGACGAGGAGCUAGUUAAGCACUUGAAUAAGGUUGGAAAAUAACAUUGAUUAAAAACAGUCUUUGUCUGCCUUGGGGGGAUCUUAUUUGAUGAUUUGAGAAGGCAGGUAAAGAAUGCAAUUUCAAGGAGACAGGAAGAACAACAGCCAGCCAGUGCAUCUGCAUCAUGUCUCUCUCAACCCAAAACAUUCAUUCAUCCUUGGAUUUAGCAAGGGCGGUACUGUAAUUAAUCAGCUAGUUACUGAGUUUAGGUUCUCAGAUGUCAGACUUACUGGAAAUACACCCUGCUGCACUGAAGAACAGUCGAGAGGUGGUCAGCAUUUCAAUUUUUCAGAAGAGAGUAAAAUCAUACCUAAUACAGAACAAAACCUUUUAAACAGCAUCAUUGAGAUCCAUUACUUGGAUGUUGGUUUAAAUUCUUCUGGUGCAUAUCUAACUGACCUUGAAGUGAUUGAGAGAAUCUCCUACUGCCUCAUACAAGGAGCUCAGGGAAUUCGAUUUCUUCUUCAUGGAACUCCUAGGCAAUGGUGUGACAGUAGGUGAGUCUGGAUUCGCAAUGAAAAGGACCAAUUAGUUCAUUUGCUUGAAUCUGAAGCUCGGAGAAGUGGAGGGAAAUUAGAGGUUUGUGAGAAAUCUUAUUUUUCUGAUUGGCCUCCUAGUAUGCCGAUGCAUUUUGAAAUCAUUGAAAGUUUUGAUUUCAGUUAAGUGCUAUGAGUCUGGUGCCAAUGGCAAUUCAAUCUUAGGUAAGACAAUGAUGGUUCUAAUUGUAAAGAAUUCUGAUGGAGGUAUAUUAAGACAAAGAAACCAAUUUGUCAGAAA